ACCCCGAAACAGUUUCUAGUUCGUACCCAUUUCCUGCUACUCAGAUUUUUGAAAAUGUCCGUUUCCUAUUCGGAUCUUUCCCUGUCCCGGACCGCUACCGGAUUAUGCUUCUAUCCCGACCGGAGAAGGCGAAUACCCGAACAUCAUCGGGUCCCGCAUUUUCUCCUCCCGCCGGUGAGGCCGACGUCGUUAUAUGGCAUCGCUUUGGAGAAGAGGAAGAAGGACGAUUGGAAGCCGUCGAUCUGUACCGCCGAUGAAUUACACUAUGUCUCUGUUCCCAACUCCGAUUGGACCCUCGCUCUCUGGCGCUACCUUCCUUCUCAUAAGGUGCGGCCGAGGAAUCACCCCCUGUUGCUGUUGUCUGGGGUUGGGACCAAUGCUAUUGGAUAUGAUCUCUCUCCUGAGGACCAGGUAACGGGGGAGCCGAUCGCGAAGGGACCUAAAGUGGGGCGUUUGUUUCCACUAUUUUUACCUGUUCCAGCACUUUCUCCAGUUUCUUCUAUUACGUCUUUUGCUUGUAAUAAUGUUCCUAAUCUAAGUAUGGUGUGGCAUCGUCGUUUAGGUCAUCCCAAUACUCAGAUUUUGUCUCAUGUAUUGAACUCUGGUUUUCUUGGUAAUAAAGAAUGUUCAUCUUUAUCUCUUGAGUGUGAUUCUUGUAAACUUGGUAAAAGCAAAACUCUUCCCUUUCCUUUGCAUGCUAGUAGAGCUUCUCACUGCUUUGACCUUAUUCAUAGUGAUGUUUGGGGACCUUCCCCCGUUAGUUCACAUGAGAAAUUUAAAUAUUAUGUGACUUUCAUUGAUGAUCAUAGCAGAUUUAUUUGGGUUUAUUUUCUUCGUUCUAAAUCUGAGGUUUUUCGUACUUUUACUACGUUUUUAGCGUAUGUUGGCAAUCAAUUUUCUGCGACUAUUAAGACAUUACGCACAGAUUCUGGUGGUGAAUAUUUGUCUAAUGAGUUUCUGGCUUUUUUGGCUUCUAAAGGUAUUAUUCAUCAACGUUCAUGUCCUGCUACUCCCCAACAGAAUGGAGUAGCCGAACGCAAAAAUCGCACUCUUCUUGACAUGUCCUCUUUUGCACGCUACAUGUCUGGCCAAGGAUUUGAUACAUGGAUUCUUGAAGUUCGCGGUGCUGGGCUGAGCAUGCGUGGAAUGGACUUUGGGGAAAUUAAGCAGCCUCUCAAUGCCAUGAGAGAUUCCUCGGUUAAGCAUGGAGUGGAUGUUCUUCCUUCAGAAAGACAUUCUACCCAUGACUUUGGUGCUUUUGCUGAUUCUGACAUCACUUUUGUCAAUGGGAAAAGUAAAAGGACUGUCUCUAAAUCAAAUGACGUGAAUUUAGUUACCAAAUUUAGGGAGACUUUCUUGCGUUUAUCAGAGAAACUUUCAGAUUUUUUAAAUGAAGAAGCAGGACAAAACUCUGGUGUUGCCAACCAAUUUAGGGACUUGAGUCAAUGGCUUGCAAAUGUCAUUGAAGAAAGUCAAGUGCCAGUUCCGACACAGUUUUUGGACUUCCAAGAGCGUUUUUCUACAACAUUGGAUGAAUUACAGAUGCAACUGGACUUGAUUGGAAACUACGAUUGGGACUUUGAUCACUACUUGGAAGAGGAUGUGCCUGCUGUGAUGGAGUACAUAAAGAAUCAUUGCAAACCAAAGGAUGGAAGGUUACUUGCAAUUGGCCACUCAAUGGGGGGUAUCUUGCUUUAUGCGAUGCUGUCUCGAUGCUGCUCUGAAGGAAGGAAUUCUGGGUUGGCAUCAGUUGCUACUUUGGCUUCUUCACUUGACUACACGUCUUCAAAAUCAUCACUCAAAUUACUUUUGCCUCUGGCAGACCCUGCAGAGGCUCUAAAAGUUCCUGUCAUUCCAAUUGGGGGAUUGCUCUCUGCUGCCCAUCCUCUUGCUUCUCGUCCUCCUUAUGUUUUGUCUUGGUUAAAUCCUCAAAUUUCAGCUCAGGAUAUGAUGGAUCCAAAGUUGUUUGAAAAACUUGUUUUGAACAACUUUUGUACAGUACCUGCCAAAGUUCUCUUGCAGCUGACAACAGCCUUCCAAAAGGGUGGUUUACGUGACAGGAGUGGAACUUUCUUCUACAAGGAUCAUUUACACAAAACCAAUGUCCCUAUUUUAGCACUUGCAGGAGACCAAGAUCUAAUUUGUCCACCCGAAGCUGUCUAUGAGACUGUGAAGAUGAUUUCUGAAGAUUUGGUUGCUUACAAAGUUUUUGGAGAACCUGGGGGUCCACAUUAUGCUCACUAUGAUCUAGUGGGAGGUCGUUUGGUAGCCGAUCAAGUAUAUCCGUGCAUUAUUGAAUUUCUCAGUCGCCAUGACACGAUUUGAUUUCCUCAUUUUGUUUUCUCUACUUGAGAUUUGGUUCCAUUCUUUUGUCCAUAUAGAAGUGAAACUGAAAGAAGAUUUCCAAAGAGAGAGGCCCCUUCAGAGUUAUAGAGGAAGAUCGAGUCUGUGUAUGUUGUUGUAUCUAAUCCCAUUAUGUACCUUGUUGUAAAGUAAAUAUCAUACGACAAUUGAAAAGAUAUAAUUCAAAUAAAAUAAGAUCUCAGUUCUACAAGAA